AGGAGGGAGGGAGGGAAGGAGAAGGAGAGAGAGAAGGAGAGAGAGCGAGGCCCCGGCUCCUCCUGUCAGAUGGCGGGAUGACGGAGCCGGGCGGCGGCGGCGGCGGGGAGCCCGAGGCCCGGGUAGUAGUGAAGCCUGAGGCCCAGGGGGUAGUAGUGAAGCCUGAGGCCGGGGCGCUGGAGGCCCGGGACAGCGGCAGCGGGGAGCCCGAGGCCCAGGCUUUGCGGCCUGAGGCCCGGGGAGUCGUGAAGCCUGAGGCCCAGGGGGUAGUAGUGAGGCCUGAGGCCCAGGGGGUAGUAGUGAGACCUGAGGCCCAGGGGGUAGUAGUGAGACCUGAGGCCCAGGGGGUAGUAGUGAGGCCUGAGGCCCAGGGGGUAGUAGUGAGACCUGAGGCCCAGGGGGUAGUAGUGAGGCCUGAGGCCCAGGGGGUAGUAGUGAGACCUGAGGCCCAGGGGGUAGUAGUAAAGCCUGAGGCCCAGGGGGUAGUAGUAAAGCCUGAGGCCCAGGGGGUAGUAGUAAAGCCUGAGGCCCAGGGGGUAGUGAGGCCUGAGGCCCAGGGGGUAGUGAGGCCUGAGGCCCGGGGAGUCGUGAAGCCUGAGGCCCAGGGGGUAGUAGUAAAGCCUGAGGCCCAGGGGGCAGUAAAGCCUGAGGCCCAGGGGGUAGUAGUAAAGCCUGAGGCCCAGGGGGUAGUAAAGCCUGAGGCCCAGGGGGUAGUGAGGCCUGAGGCCCAGGGGGUAGUGAGGCCUGAGGCCCAUGGGGUAGUAGUAAAACCUGAGGCCCAGGGGGUAGUAAAGCCUGAGGCCCAGGGGGUAGUAAAGCCUGAGGCCCAGGGGGCAAUAGUGAGGCCUGAGGCCCAGGGGGCAGUAGUGAGGCCUGAGGCCCAGGGGGCAGUAAAGCCUGAGGCCCAGGGGGCAGUAAAGCCUGAGGCCCAGGGGGUAGUGAGGCCUGAGUCCCAGAGCGACGGCAGCGACAGCGGCAAAGAAGACCGGGAGGACGAGGAGGAGCUGGACCCCCGCAUCCAGGAGGAGCUGGAGCAGCUGAACCUGGCCAGCGCAGAGAUCAAUAAAUUGGAGCUCCAGCUGGAUGAUGCCAGGAGCAUGUACCGGAAGAUUCUGUCAGAGUCGGCGAGGAAGCUGAACGCCCAGGGCUCUCAGCUGGGCAACUGCAUCGAGAAGGCCCGGCCAUACUACGAGGCUCGACGACAGGCCAAGGAGGCCCAGCAGGAGACGCAGAAGGCCGCUCUGCGCUACGAGAGGGCGGUGAGCAUGCACAACGCUGCCCGGGAGAUGGUGUACGUGGCUGAACAGGGGCUGAUGGCCGACACCAACCGUCUCGACCCCACCUGGCAGGAGAUGCUGAACCACGCGACCUGCAAGGUAACGCACGCCCAGCACCCCUCGCCAUCUACCCACCCGCAC